AUGGCAGAUCUGAAGAAAGAAGAGAGGCGGGUGUCCCUAGAAACGAAAUACGUAGGAGUACGGAAGAGAAACUCAAAAUAUACAGCAGAAAUAAGGGAUUUCAGAAAAAAGAAGCGUGUUUGGCUUGGCACUUUCAACACCCCCGAGGAGGCUUCAUUCGUUUAUCUUUCCAAGAAACGUGAGAUUGACGAAUCUAAGUCUAAGCUGCUUGCCAAAAAUAUUCCCUCUCAAAAUCCAUCCGAAACCCUAGAUUCUCCAUCCCACGUUCUCCACAAACGCCAAGUUUCCGACAAAAACGGGGUUUCUGAUGGAACCAGCAGCCGUAGCGCCGCCGCCCUGGAAGAGCAAGUUUCCGACAAAAACGAGGAUUCUGAUGAAACCCGCAGCCGUAGCACCGCCCCCGUUGAAGAGCAAGUUUUCGGCAAAAACGAGGUUUCUUCUGAUGAAAUCAGCAGGCGUAGCACCGCCGCCCUGGAAGAGCAAGUUUCCGACAAAAAUGAGGUUUCUGAUGAAACCAGCAGCCGUAGCGCCGCCACCAUGGAAGAACAAGUUUCCGACAAAAACGAGGUUUCUGAUGGAACCAACAGCCGUAGCGCCGCCCCCGUGGAAGAGAAAGUUUCCGACAAAAAUGACGUUUCUGAUGAAACCAGCAGCCGUAGCGCCGCCGCCAUGGAAGAGAAAGUUUAUGGAUAA